UCCAGAAUGAAGGGAUACGCUGUGCCUUUGGCCGCAGUCCUGUUCGCGACCUCUUCGCUUGCAUGGCUACCUUCAUGCACUUUCUCUGACUGCUUGGGAUCUUGGGAUGGCACCUCCUGCGACUCCUCCAACGGCUGGGACUGUGUUUGCUCCAACCAAACCGCCAUCUCCCAGUUGAACACCUGUGUUGCAACCUCAUGCACAAACCAAACUGAUCAAGAGGCAAUCUAUGGUGCCGUUGCUCAACUUUGCGCCAACGCUGGUGUUACCGUCACCAACUCUCAACAGGCAACAUUCAGUGCUACCUCUGGUGGCUCUGCCUGGCCUUCUCAGAUCACUGCCGGCCCAGGAUCCGGUCCUUUCGGCAACUGGGACUCUGCGCAGUGGUCCAGCUGGGUUUCUGCCUGCUCGACUGGUCUUCCUGGUGCUCCUAGCGGCUGGGGUGGCUCCGGCCCAUGGGGUGGCCCAGGUAACUGGGGUGGCAAUCACGGAGGCCCAGGAGGUCCUGGCGGCCCAGGCGGUUUCGGCCCAUGGGGAACAAAAGCAAGCGGCGUCAACUGCGACUCAUGGACAACCUGGACUGCUGGGUGGGGACCCUUCUCUUCUUGGACUGGUACAUGGUCUGGCUGCAGCUCAACCACCGCCGCUCCCAUUCCUGCCACCAUCACCACUACCGUUACAACUGGUGGCUCGACUCAAGUCCUCACUGGUACUACCUUCGGUAUCCAGGCUGUUGCUGCUGCUACAACCACCGGUGGCUCUGGUAACAGCGCCGUCUCGGUCCGCAGCGGCAGUCUCGGUGCUUGCGGUGCUCUAGCUGCUGCAAUCUUUGUCGCCAUGAUCGCCUUGUAA